GACACUCCGCCUCCAUGUUGUCACGAUCAUACUGUGCAGAGAUAAUGAUGCGGAAGCGACCAAAUGCGAGCUCUUACAAUCGACAGGUUAUUCGUCUGUUUAUAUAGAACGUAGAAAUUGCUCAGCCUAUUUAUUGACCUUCCUCCUAUUGCACUGGAUGUAGACUGAGAAAUGUAAAAAAAAGGACCUCAGAACAAAAUAAAUAACAGAAAAAAUCUGGAUUACAAACAAAUUAGGAGCAAGUGAAGAACACAGAAUAUCUUGAGGACCAAGGUUGAAUUCCUCGAAAAUAAAGACUUAUAAUAGCAGUUAUGGCAGGUAAACCAAAAUUGCUAAAGGUGGUCCUUCUUGGAGAUGGAGGUGUCGGGAAGUCUUCGUUAAUGAACCGUUUUGUCAGUAAUAAAUUUGAUGCUCAAUCAUUCCAUACCAUAGGAGUAGAGUUCCUAAACAAGGACGUCGUAUUGGAUGGGGAGACGUACACAAUGCAGAUUUGGGACACGGCUGGCCAGGAACGUUUUAAAAGUUUACGGACACCAUUUUACCGAGGAGCAGACUGUUGCCUGCUAACUUUUGCAGUGGACGAUGUUCAGAGUUUUAAGAAUUUAGCAAUGUGGAUGAAGGAAUUCCUUUAUUACGCUGACGUUCAGGACGCCGACAGUUUUCCAUUUGUGGUACUGGGUAAUAAAGUGGAUGUUGAACACCGAGAGGUGAUGGAAGGUGACGCUAAAGUAUGGUGUCAACAGAAUGGGAAACUCCCAUAUUAUGAAACAAGCGCCAAGGACUCUACGAACGUGGACAAGGCCUUUCUGUGGGCUGUUCAAAGAGUGGUGCAAUUAGAAGCCAACUUUGAGGCUAAAAUAAAUCACGAUGGUGUAGUGGACCUGAGGGCACAGAGAAAUAGAGCCGCUGGGAAGAAAGAUGGCUGCUGCAGUUAAUAUGAAUAUUUUUAUUGAAAGUGUGCUUGAAGAUUUCAAGACAGUUUUAUUACUUGAUAAUAUUAGACAAUGUGUAGUACAUUAUGAAGAAGUAUGAAUUGUCCAAGAAAGAAUUAUUUUGUAUAUUCAGGUUUGGUGACAUGAUGAAGUGAAUUCCUUGUUUUUGUCUGUCUCAGAGAGUGGGAGUGGAAAUAGCAUUGAAAACCAGGAGGUUACACCUAGCAUCUGUAGUACUAAGAAUUCAAUCCUGACAGUGAUGGCUUGGUAAGCACUUAGAUGGAAUAUGACAUGUGCAUAUUUCGAGACAUACGCAUUUCUGCUUUAUAAGUAUAUCUAAAACAAUAAGAGAAUUGAUGACAUUAUAUGAUGUUGUAUGGAGUAUCUUUCAGAAGUGUGAUGAAAACGAUUUGCUUUAUGAUAAUUUAGAACUUGAAACUCAGGAGCAUUGGAAAAUUUGAAAUUGGUGACAGCUUGCAGGUGCUUGUACAUUUGUACACAAAAUGCCAGUUUGGAUUAUGCUACUUUCGCAAUUUUUGUGAAAUGUCAAGAAUGGUUUACUUUGGGUAAUGAAUAAGAAAAAUAUUAUUUAUCUUUUCUUUCACGUGAACCAUAAAUUACAUGUUUGGUAAUUUUUACUGAGAGUAGUACCUGUGUAUUCAGCUACAGCAAGGAGUGGCAAUUAUUCCAGUUACCCACACAAAUAAGAAAGAAAUAAAGAUAUUCAAGGAAUAUUUUGUAAAUCAUCAAGUUAUGAUAUAUAUUAUGCGCAUACAGGACGAGCUUUGUGUAUGCCAUUAUGCUAAUUUAUAUAACUUGUGCCUUGCAACAUGCAAACCUUGCUUAACAUAAAUUUUCGUGAUGCAUUGCAGACUGUUUACAAGUGUAAUAUGAAGGUGAAAGGUUACUUCAUUUAUUGUAAAUUAACAGGAUUUUAAAACUUUCUUGAAUGAAGAAAGGGUCACUUAUCAUAUUAUCAUACUGCUAUAUUCUUUUUCAUAACUGUUUCUAAAUAAUGGUCAGCUAUAUAUUUAAAUAUACUGUUGUUUUUUUCCUGAUUUAAUUUGUCAAGUUCUCAAUUGAAUUAUUUUUCUAAUGGAUGAAAAAUAGUAUGAGAUCAGUGGCAUUACAACAGUUUGUUAAAUUUCAUAUCUGAGAUAUCAGCUAGUCAUGUUUGUUUUGGAGUUCAUGGUGUUAAAGACAAUUGUUGUUAGAGUUAUAUGCCGUGAUCACGUAAUGGUACAGAUAUUUUGAUACAAUCAUAUGCCCUGAUCACAUGUAUGGUAAUAUAGAUAUAAUGUUUAUGGAGCAGAUAAGGAAACCUGCGUGAUAAAUGAAAAAAGCCCUUUCUAAUCUCCCUAUAUCUCUGGUAUUAGUUUCAACUGAGUACAGGAGGCCAUGAAUUCACAUCCAGAAAAUUGAUAAAAUCAUGUUAUUCUAUAAAUUCUUAAGUAUAACUACAAUGACCACAUAACAUGAGGCUGUGAAAGAGAAGUUUGAAAAAGUAUAUUUUAGAUAUAUUUGUUGACAGGGAUGUCUCGGCAAGGGAAACUGCCCUUUGUAGAUAUAUCCCUAAGAACAUAACCAGAAUGUACUUGACCACUGAGGUAUAUGGUCACAUAGAGAUUUCUACCCUGGGUUUCAUUCCAGGUUGAUCUUGUUUUUCUAGAUACCCUUGUAACCUUCUGAAAAGUGCCCUCUGAUAACAGGGCACUCUAGAAAUAGUACACAAAAUGAAAAUAUAGGCGAUACAAUGAUUUUAUAACAGGAUACUAACAAACCCUGUGGUCAGUGUACUAAAAAUGCUGACCAACAAACAAGAAAUGGGUAAGUAGAUAGUUUUGCCAUUUUACAGAACUUAAAUCCAUUGUAGGGAAUUACAGUCUGUAAAGGUUUUUUUUUUAAUCAGGAGGGACCAGAAUACAUGGAUCUUUACUGUUGAAGUUCCUGGUGACCUUGAGCGCAUUCAAGGCCCUUUUAAAUCUGCAGAUGCCCACUGGACUUGAAAAUUGGAGUAAAUUUCAUUGGAAUGAAGUCCAGUUUACAUAAGCAGACAGUGGGAUAACUUUGGAUUAUAUAUAUUUUAAAUAGAAUAGGGGUUUCCAGUGUUAUUUGCCAAUAAUUAAGCUGUCUGAGGACAUCAGACAAUUUCCAUAGGUUGAUUCUUGUCUCAGUGCAGCCAAAGGACUUCCAGCCAGGUGUAUUUGUUGACUCUUUAAUCAUUUUGAUACUGGUAAUCAGAGAAGGUAUCUCAUUUUAUCUGGUCAUAUCUGUAUUGUCCAUCAGAUAAUAAACAUGCCAAUUGUUGUUUUAUAAAUCGGUA